CGGCUGAACGAAGAACGCAGCUGCAGCACUACCAACAGCAGACUGUGACAACUGUCCUCUCUCAUCAUUGACGACUGAACUUCGCCGACUUCUGCUCUGCUGUCGCCGCAACGUUGUCGGAUAUCUUGGUGCCUUUCUAUCAACAUGUUCAAGUUCCACGCAGGCGCUUUUCGUGCUUUACAGGUCCAGGCCAGUGCACACUCGCUCAGGCAACCUGGGAUACAUCCCGGGACGACACUUGCACGACCUACAAGGGCUAUCUCUCGUGCAUUUGCAUCUCUUGGCCGCACUCAGGUCCUCGAAAGACACGUGCACCACCCUGCCCGAACAUGCUUCGGUCGUCCUUGCGCUGCCUUCAGUAGCAGCGCCCCCUCUCGCGCAGCGAAAGAUUCGUCCGUGCCGCUUGACGACGUGCCGAUGGUGGAGAACCCGACGGCAGAGCAGACGCUUGACGUGUUCGAGGGCCUAGCCCGCACGCAGUCCCAGGAUCUCGUCCCGGGACUGUACUCCGACCCGAGCCAUUACUGCGCUGCGGUCGUGAGGAACACCAUGAUCAUCGGGCAUUUUCUCUCGACGGUCGACAAAGACGAGUUCCGCUCGGGCACAGAUAUCGCGCCUGAGUCGCCAAUCGCUCGGGGGCGCGCUGCGCUCAUGCUUACCGCGCGCACCGCGCACCGGUGGAUGCAGGAGGCAUUCCCGCCGCACUCGCCGCCUGCGGACCAAGACAUCGCGGAGGCGAUGAUGUACUUCUCUAUGAAUGACCGCCUCAUGGACGUCUACGAGGCGGGCGGUCCCGAGCCCGUCCCACAGUGGCAGGACAUCUGCGACGUGAUCUUGCUGGCGUACUUUCACGCGCUGCCCGCGCUGAAGAGGGUUGCGGGCCCGAUGCCGGACAAGUUGGUCAUUUAUGAUGCGGUGCUGUCGAAGAAGGACACUGGGGGCGAGGGUGGUGCUUAGGUAUGCCUCCUGCGACAACUUUCGUGGUGUUGUGUGUGCCCAGUGUGACGGACUAGUAUGUCAAUACUGGUGUCUGAUUAUCCCGUACCGUGAUAGACUGCUUUCCGUAGGAUCAUCUUGAGGUCAUAGCGACGGGGGAGUCUUCCCCUGCUAAGAUGGCACCCUGAGCUUUGCUGUCCGCCAGCUGACCUUGAAUCUAGUCAUCGCCUAGGAAUGGGUUCACACAUGACUCGAUGGACGGAAGCUAGCGGCGCAGGGAGGCGCCGACUCCUAGUACAUCAAGUCGCUGAGCAGGUCACACGUCUCCUGGCCCCGUUAUUCGACCAAUGAACCG